GCCAUCAUGCAGGACGUGGAGAACAUCAUCAUGCCUGGGGUGGUGCACUGGCAGAGUCCACACAUGCAUGCGUAUUUCCCUGCGCUCAACUCAUGGCCGUCACUGCUGGGAGACAUGCUGGCAGACGCUAUCAACUGCCUCGGCUUCACCUGGGCCUCGAGUCCCGCCUGCACUGAGCUGGAGAUGUGUGUGUUGGACUGGUUGUGUAAAGCGCUCGGUUUACCAGAUCAUUAUUUACACCAUCAUCCACAGAGCACUGGAGGAGGAAUACUGCAGAGUACGGUCAGCGAGUGCACUCUGGUCGCUCUGCUCGCUGCGAGGAAGGACCGAAUUCUGCAGAUGAAGAGUGAAGCCACACACACCGACACUGACGAGUCUGUGCUCAACUCUCGCCUGGUGGCGUACGCAUCUGACCAGGCUCAUUCGUCAGUGGAGAAGGCCGGUCUGAUCUCUCUGGUGAAGAUCCGCUUCCUGCAGACUGACGGUGUGUUUUCUCUGCGUGGGGAAACUCUGCAGCGCGCCGUGGAGGAGGACCGGCGGAGCGGACUGAUCCCUGUUAUGGUGUGUGCGACGCUGGGCUCCACCGGUGUGUGUUCCUUUGACCGUCUGGAUGAACUGGGCCCCGUCUGUGUGCGCGAGGGCCUCUGGCUGCAUGUGGACGCUGCGUACGCUGGCUCUGCUCUCCUCUGUCCUGAGCUGCGCUAUUUCCUGGAGGGAAUCCACUUUGCAGAUUCGUUCGUCUUCAACCCGUCCAAGUGGAUGCUGGUACACUUCGACUGCACCGCCUUCUGGGUGAAGAAUAAGAUGAAGCUCCAGCAGACGUUCACUGUGGACCCGCUGUACCUCAGACACGAUAACUCCAACGCCACAGACUUCAUGCACUGGCAGAUCCCCCUGAGCCGCCGCUUCCGUUCCCUCAAGCUGUGGUUCGUGAUUCGCUCUUUCGGCCUGAAGAAGCUGCAGGAACACAUCCGACACGGUGUGGAGAUGGCGAAGCUGUUCGAGUCUCUGGUCAGAAACGACACACACUUCCAGAUCCCGGCGCAGCGGCACCUCGGCCUCGUCGUCUUCUGUCUGAGAGCCGGGAACGCAGCGACGCAGGAGUUACUGAGGAAACUGACCCGCAGCGGCCGCAUGUUCCUGAUCCCGGCGGCUGUGGGCAACCAGCUGAUCCUGCGCUUCAGUGUGACGUCCCAGCUGACCACCGAGCAGGACAUACGGCGGGACUGGAGCCUCAUUCAGCAGGCGGCCCGCGAGGUUCUGCAGUCCGGCGUUAUAACCCGGCAGCCCAGCGUGACCUCUGACCCUGAGGCAGAACCGGAGCCGCUGACCAUCCACACAGAACCCCUGCUUGACCAGCGACUGGUGCGCCAGGGGCAGAGACGGGCCGUCCGCUCAUACAGCUGCAGCGCAGAGCUGCCGCCGGUCCCCGGGCGCACACAGACACACCGGGACACGCCUCUGCAGCUGAUCCCGGAGCAGCCCGAGCGCCCGCAGCACAGACGCCUGCUGAAGUUUCACAGCGUGCCGAGCCUGGCGCAGGUCUGGGCGCAGUGCGGCAUGCAGCAGCUCCACCACCCCUUCAGGAGAGGCUUGAUCACUAGCCGCGCCAGCUGCUUCACCUGCCCACCGCUGCCCGAGGGCACACCACUACCCACUAAAUAACACACACCC